GUUAGGGACUAGGGAGGGAAAACACACCCGUCGUUCUCAGCAGGAAGUGACGUCAGGCGACGGGGGCGGAAUUGAGGGGGCGCGCGCGCGUGCACGGGCGGGUGGAUUUUGGGCGGCGGCGGGCGGCGUUUGACACCAGCGGCAGAAGACAUCAGUCGCAGUUUCAGAAAUGGCUGAGCAAGAACCCACUCCUGAACAGCUGGCCCAGAUUGCAGCUGAGAACGAGGAGGAUGAGCACUCGGUCAACUAUAAGCCCCCUGCCCAAAAGAGCAUCCAGGAGAUCCAGGAACUGGAUAAGGAUGAUGAGAGCCUACGAAAGUACAAAGAGGCCCUGCUGGGAAAUGUCUCUAUUGCUGCUGAUCCCACCACUCCGAACGUGGUGGUAACAAAGCUGACUUUGGUUUGCAGCACUGCUCCUGGCCCCUUGGAAUUGGACCUGACAGGUGACCUGGAGGCUUUCAAGAAGCAGGCAUUUAUAUUGAAGGAAGCUGUGGAGUACCGGAUAAAAAUCUCCUUUCGGGUGAAUAAGGAGAUUGUUUCAGGGCUGAAGUACAUCCAGCAUACGUUCAGGAAAGGAGUAAAAAUUGACAAGACUGACUACAUGGUUGGCAGCUAUGGGCCCCGUGCCGAGGAAUAUGAGUUCCUAACCCCCAUGGAGGAAGCCCCCAAGGGUAUGCUAGCUCGAGGCAGUUACAAUAUCCGAUCCAAAUUCACAGACGAUGAUAAGACAGACCAUCUUUCCUGGGAGUGGAAUCUGAACAUCAAGAAGGAAUGGAAGGAUUAGCCAUUCCUAGCCAAAUCCCCAAGAGUUGCUCAGACAGUGGCUACAGUAGAAACCCCACCCUGUACCAAAGUGCUGGCAUUGGGCAUCCCUCUUCUCCUUCUCCUUUUUAAGCUCACCAGGAAGAUCGUUCGUGCUCAAGGCCCCACCUGUGUUUUCUCCUAAGAAUCACUGAAAGAAAUUGACCAAACCUGUGCCAUCUUUUCCCAGGCCCACAGGCAGAACGGUCCUUUGUCCUUCCUCUGGCCUUGAGUAUGAAGUCCUCUGUUCUGGCCCUUCUGAAUUCAUCUCAGGCGGGGUAGUGAGAGGGAAGCAACAUUUCCUGCUUCCAGGGCCAAGGACCUGGGAAGCAUUUCUGCCUCUGGGUGCAAGAGGGGAGGUGCAGAGGAAUCCUAAUUCCAUGCAGACCUGGGAAGGGCCAGUUCCCCCAAUUUGUUUCCAGGCUCAAUCACGUUCAUUGCGCGCCUGUUUCCUUUCAGGGACAUGGGCUGGUUUUUCAUUUGUGAUGGUUUCCUGUAACCAUGAUGCCUUAAUGUGUGUAACAUGCAUCCUCCAGGGAGGGCCCCCUAUCCCUACCUUGUUACACUUUUUUAAUAUGUGCACCUGUCCCAUCCACACACACCCCUCCCUCCUCCUGAUUCAAAUCUGGCUGGACGAUUAUGCUGCUGAGGCUAGUGUCUCCCCAAGGGCUUAAGCGGGGCUCAGGCUGCUAUCGUUACAGGCUCCUUUUGGCCAGAGAAGCCUUUGCUUCCAGCUAAGGAGAGAGGGGCCUAUCAGUGAGCAUCGAAGUUCCUAAUGCCACUGUCAUCUCCAUGUUAGUUCAAUCACACAGAAACUGGCUGCAAAGCACUGAAACCCCCAGGACAGCCUCUGGGAUUCAGAUGGGUUGGCCUAGCUCAGCUGCUCCUCAUCUGAUCUGAACAAAGCGCUUGCUAUGGACAAAUACUCAAGAGAGCAGAGAAUGCCUUAUGUAUCUGUUCUGCCUUUGAUAUCAUGUGCCUGGCUUGUCAGUAUUUAUUAUUGCCUUGAUUAGAGUCUUUUCCUUCAUGAUGCCCGAAUAGCCCGGCCACCCCAACAGGACCCCACUGGCCUGGCAAUUAGAAACCAGAGGCCUGCAGAGCCCUGAUCUUCUCUGCUUGCCAGCCAGCUGGGGCCAAGUUCCUGCUCAACAGCCCUACUCAGUGGGCUACUGAGAGUCCCAAAGUUGUUCUAGAUCUGGGACCAAGUGUGUGUGGUUCUCUUUUGUAGCUUUGUCUCUGCUCCAACUCCUCAUCCCAACUCCUUCCCUGUAGAGAUUUUUUUGUUAAAUUGAUUUAAUGCAUUUUUUUGUCUGUAAAUCUUAGAUCUGGAUUAACCAAUUUGGAAUCAUCAGCUUCCCCUUUUCUGACAGUAAAAUAAAAUCAUGAAAGUGGCCAUGUU